UUCUUGUACAAUCCUGCUUACCAUACCGUAUUGAAGACCUUGCGCAUGUUUACAGAUGAGCUUGGGGAAAAGCCCCUAUCAAAGAAUACAACCACUAAUUCCGAUAAACUUAUGGAUCGUCGUUCCUCAGUCCACUUUGAUUCUGUGGAUGGAGGAGGACCAUCUUUCCCAAACAAACAGUCACCUAUCGACUCCGACUCGAUACAGGAUACUCACUCUUCAUCCGCCUCAUCUACAAGAGCCACACAAGGAUCCUCUGAUGUCUCUAGAAUGAGUCUAGACUCAUUUUCCGAAGGUCCUGUGUGUCACCCAACUUCGGGCCGCACGUCUCGCUCUCUUCCUCAGCUUCCCAUCAAGACCCCAACUGGCUUCGCUCACCCUUUCAUCAGUACUCAUCCGUGGGCUCAUCUAGUUCGUCCUCGCGGACUCCAACUUAGAUCACUUACGGAAAACGACGUGACCAACACAUUGCCAGUUGAGGACUAUCGUCACCUCACCCCGUCCGGCUACCUUGAGUACAAGUUUACUAAAUGGCUGUUUCCAUUCGUGAACUCGCCAGACGAUGGUAAAAGAAAGCGCAUCCCCGUAGUGGAACUACAGACUCUAGACGCCGCCAUACGCUUUCGUCGGGAAGCUCUUUUGAUCAUAAAGGAAGUCCAGAGUGGAUCCUACACCCAUAGAAAAAACACAUGCCCUCCUUCACCCAUGGGCAAAAAUCCAACUCUCAUCCUUCCUCCAGCUGUCCACGGUCGUCGUCCGGUUCUUUACCAGGACUUUUUUGUGCCUGGACCGGAUCAAAAGGAGCUUCAGUGUAUCACUCUCGACCAAUUUGCCACCAAUAUCCAGUCCAACACUCGCGGAUUCGAUGAAUCCCUAGUCUCCGUCAAGGAUUUGGUUUGGGUUUGGACCAUAGAGCCUACUCCUCAGGCACUACUGGACCCCCAUACGGUCCUAAAGCGUGCUCGCUUCCCAUGCGUGGAUUUUAACGAUAGCGAAAUGUUCUUCUUCAGUGUUGCUUCAUUCGCAUUUGUAACGCCAAAAGUUGAGUCGUACAACGUCUUGGGAACAGUUGUACGAGCCUCCAGAAAACGAGGAGAGCCAUUAAAAGUUUUCGCGGCAUUUGAAGGAGCGCCAGAUGCCGUCCAAAUAACCCAGGAAAUCAGCGAAUUUCCACUAAGUCAAUUAAGCGAAGGCGAAGUGCUGGUAGCGCGAGUGCGAAGCAAUAUAUCUACAGCAAUUCGCUUUUCUGAACCGCCAGUAUCCGUAGAGGCUCGUAGAAAGCUCUGCGACCUUAUCCGUCAGACGAUGCCUUGUUACCCAAAGGAGGGUAUUUUACCGUUAACGGUGACAAAGCUCGAAUACAUCGAUAGGCUGUGGCUCAAAGAUCGUCUUAAUCAUUUCGACAGCUUUGUUGCCGAUCCGAGCUCGGCAAAGCAUUAA